AUGGCCGUCCUUUCAAGGCCAUCACGUCGUUCUGCUCGCAAAGAUGCCGAUCCAGAGUCGCCUGCUACCGAUAAAUCCCGUAAGGCCCCUGAGUCACGCCGAAGAAAGCGGCUCCGCAACAACACCAUCAGCCACGAAAAUGACACUUCAAGCAAGAAGUUGAAGUUUGAGCCCAAUCUGAAGGUAUCUAAGACCCUUGGUCAGGGUCGACCAGCACACAAAACCCUUCCAAUUCGCGACAGGCAACCAUAUCCCGCAGCUUUCGCGACGCAUGAUGGGAAAUCGCGAAAAUUAGACCCUGUGCUUGUACAACCACGAUUUGCCACAACACCAACACCACUUGAUCCAGACGAGCAACCCCAUAAAGGGAUCAAUCAAAACCUACCUCCCCCAGCUGCAGACCAAGUCGACAAGCGGAGUUUGCGAUCACAUGAUGGCGGCUCGCGUACAAAAAGCGAACUCGCUCCGUAUUUCAAUGAUUACGAUGAGCUAAUCAGCAUCGAGCCUAAAGACCCUGACUUGCUUACACCAGAUACCAUCCUUCACAUCUACGAUGACUCGCCUAAUUCGACCGCUGCGAAAAAGGCUGGAUCUUCGCUCGCUGAUCAGAGCAAAACGCAAUCCAUAUUUCAUGUCAAUGGCUUAUCUGCAGCACCAGGUGUUCUUCACUGGCCUGAGGAGACGUUCAGUGACUUGACGAAUGCUAAACGAAUUGAUUUCUCCGUCCUCGACGCUCGAACCAAAAGACCACUGAAGGACCCUCUUGACGAAUCCAUCUUUAUUAGAGUGCAUGCUCGAGAAGAGCGGAAAGAGAAGCAGCUGCGCAAUAUUGAGAAAGAGAGGGCAAUGCAUGAGAAGUUCCAACUCGAGCGCCUUCUGGAUGGGCUUCGAGGUCACGACUGGCUCCGAGUCAUGGGCAUCAGUGGGAUCACUGACGGAGAAAAGAAAGCCUACGAACCAAAGAGAGACCACUUGAUUGCCGAAGUCCGGGCACUGCUGGAGAAGUUCAGACUCUGGAAAGAAGAGGAGAAGCGACGGAAAGCUGCAAAAGAUGACGCAAUGGAAGACGACGAGGAUGAGGAAGACGAGGACAUUGACAGUACCCAGGAGGAGGAGGAUAGUGAACAAGAAGGAAAUGAGAUCCAGGACAGCCAAGCGGACUCUGAGUCUAUCAGCGAUGGAGACCCUCCAGACUACAGCGAUGUGGAUGCCUCGGCGGUAAGACAAUUACACUGGAAGGCUUUGGACGCCGCCAAAUCGAAAGCUUCUAAAAGGCCUCAGCCGCAAUCGCCAUCUCAAGGUACGGCAUCAAAGAAGCCGAUGAAAGAGAAGCCGUUCACAUCAUUCUAUGCGAAACCAUACAUGCGCGCAGCGGCAAUUGGCGGACAUCGAAGGUCAGGGAGGUCUAGAACUGCGUUCGGUCAUCCUAUUCCAGAGGUGGAAGAACGGGAUUUUGAGCUGCCCGAAGACAUAAUGACUGCGGAGGCUACUCUGGAGAGCGGCAGGAGGAUGAGACGGACGAAGAGAGACCACAAGGACCACCAAGGCGAGGGGUAA